AUGGUUCUGAGCAAGUUGUUGUGGAAGCUGUGGACUGACAAGUUCAGUUCUGCUGCACUUCCAGGAGUCUUCAAGGAAGUGACUCGCAGCAGUUAUAUACUAAUCUGUUAUUUCACAAACUGGGCACAGUAUAGAACUGGAAUUGGUCGAUAUGUGCCUCAACAAAUCGAUCCUUUUUUAUGCACCCAUCUGAUUUAUGCAUUUGCUGUUAUAAACGAAGAUCAUCAAGUCACUACCUCCGAUGCAAAUGAUGAAACUUUUUAUGCAAUCUUAAAUGGUCUCAAAAGAAAAAAUCUCCACUUGAAGACACUCCUAUCUAUCGGAGGGUUUCAAUUUGGAUCCUCACGUUUUAACAGUAUGGUGCCAACUCAUGCAACUAGACUGGUAUUCAUCAAAUCUGCGAUUAACUUCCUGAGACAAUAUGAGUUUGAUGGUUUAGAUCUGGCUUGGCUGUAUCCAGGUGCAGGAGGAAACCCAACAGAGAACAAAAAACUCUACACAAAAUUGGUUAGGGAAUUAAACCUUGCCUUUAUAAAUGAGGUACAAAGGACAAAACAGCCCAGACUACUGCUUUCAGCUUCCAUGUCUGCUGGCAAACAGUUAAUUGAUGAUAGUUAUGAAAUUGAUAAACUAGCUGAUUAUCUGGAUUUUAUGAUUGUGAUGGCAUUUGAUUUUCACGGUCCUUGGGAUACUUUCAUUGGGCACCACAGUCCUUUAUAUCAAAGGAAAGAUGAGUAUGGUCACAUGAAGCAUUUGAAUGUGGACUUUGCUGUUAAAUAUUAUAGAACUAAAGGUUCACCUGGACAUAAAUUACUAGUUGGAAUUCCAACUUAUGGACGGACCUUUUCCCUUCAAACUUCAGAUAUAACCAUCGGUGCUCCAGUAAAUGGUCCUGGUCCAAAAGCCAAAUACACAAAUCAAGAUGGUAUCAUGGGAUAUUUUGAGAUCUGUGAGUUUUUGAAAAGUGCAGAACUACAUUGGGACACUGACCAGUUGAUUCCAUAUGCAGCCAAGGGAAGAAUUUGGGUCGGAUAUGAUAAUCUGCGAAGUCUUGAUAUGAAAGUACACUUUAUGUAUUACAAAUUAUCUUGA